AUGUAUAUAGAAGGGAGCCUUAGCGUCACUGGUAAAGCUGUUAUCAUAUGCUCAGGAGGUCAGGGUAUCAAGCCGUUAGCAGGUGUGGCAUUUGUUGUCCCCAUUGUAAAUUACCAAUGGCCAUCUCUUCCUCUCAAUCUUAUUGAGGAUGAUAAAAGGAAAAAAAAUUAUUGGUGGAUGAUGUUUCUUGCUAGAUAUGUUCCUAGAUCAUUACUACAUUGGUUGGUAAUUGCAAAAUCAUCCACAUCUUCUUCAACCAAGAAUGUACCUGAAUUUGAAAUGGAAAAACUAAGGAGUAGAAGUGAUUUUGACAACCUUUGCAAUGAUUUCCUUGUGGCUUUUAGUAAGUGGGAUUUUGAUCCAUUGGAGCUAAUUAGUUGUCCUAUUCUUGAAAAUGGUCAAAGUAAUGUUCACAUUUGGCAAGGUUGUGAGGACAAAUUUAUUAAUUUGAAAUUACAAAGGUAUGUAGCAAAAAUGUUACCUUGGAUUCAAUAUCAUGAAGUUCAUGAUGGUGGACAUGUAUUGAUCUAUGAUAGUGUAGUUUGUGAAGAUAUUUUAAAGUCCCUUUUGAUUGGAGAAGUGUCGCGUCUCAAUUAAAUGAUGACAAGUAAUCAGUAUUCGAUGUCUUUAAUUUACAUCGAGCGAACCACAUUAAUAGUGUAAUUAUCAAUACC